AUGACAAAACUCGUUUACGUAACUGUAAUUUUACUGCUACUGGGUAUUGCAAUAAUUCAAGCAAAUACUUGUAGGAUUCGCAUAUUUCUGACGAAUCCUGGUCAACGCAUAUGUGAACUCAAGUGCCGGCCACCUGGUCAAAUGCCGGUUACGGAAUGCUACACAGCGCCACGCGUCUAUCGUGCAGUUGCUUGCCCCAGACACUGUUGUCGUUUGGAGGGUCUCAGUUGCAGAGAGCGUUGA